AUGGCUCGGUUUCCUUUUGUAAAGGGCCGCAAGAAGUCACCGCCUCCACUGGUUCUCACGGAGCACAUGAGCAAAGCUCACAAGAUCCUUGGCUCGACCCCGAUCAACAUUGAUUCUCCCAAACCCUGGGAUGACGCCUUUUCGGCAUUCAGCGGUGGCACCGGUAACAGCACUGCAUCUAGCUAUGCCAGCUCAGACAAUGACGACUCCGAUCAUCAUGUAGCCAUCGCAUCCUCAGAAGGCGACGAAUGGAUCCACGACUCAGGGAUCCGGCCAGCUGUUCCCGAAUCGAGCGGCUUCGACAAUGCAAAUGGCCAUGGAAUGAGAGAUACAGCCCACAGUCUAAGAAAGACGCAGUCCUCGUCCACCAUCAGAUCUUCGUACGACAGAUCUAAACAGCUAUUGUCAGUUUCUCAGCAGACCUCGUCUCCCUCCAUGAUCCAAGGAGUGCCGUCCAAGGUCCACAAGAUGCUCGACCUGGAAAGCAACCUCGCCACGAAAUCGAAAAGGAAGCCACCGAUGCUUGACUUUUCUAAUCUGCGUGCCGUCUCUCGUCUAUCGCGCAAGGCCUCACAUGCUCCGCUACGCACAGAUGGCACUGUUUCUACCGCUUUCGAAAGCACCGCUACCUUGUCUCCUACACCUCUGGCACCGCCAACCAGCAAGCCGCGAAAGAUUCAAAAACGAAUCACAAAGGGUAGCCUGGCUUCACCAGCCCUUGAACGGCAUGUUCCAAGAAUAGCAGGCGACAGACCUCCUGGAAGCCCAAUGAAGGAAGCACCAUCUCUAUAUGAUCACUACGAGCAGAUGACUUUACGCCAACUGAUGCAAGAGGCAGAGUCCCUGGAGGGCGAGCAGCAAGCGAUGGGGUUAAAUAUGGAGGACGAUGAGGAAGUCGACACAGAGAAUGAUGAAGAGCCCUGGACAGCGUAUGACUCACCAUGGCUCCAGGACAUUCUACCACCAACUCCCCAAACAGCAUUCAUGACGGGUCUAAAGCCUGCAGCAUCUCACCACAGAACCACCAGUACAACCAGCAAAAUGACCUCAAGCACCAAGCGAUCAAAGACCCUCGACCGUUCUGAUCUGCAAGAGACAAGUAUGCUGAUGCUAUCCGACUCAGAAGAAGAUGAAGAGCCUACGUUGCCACGGUCUCAGACGACCACCCCGAGCCACUACUCACCAGCUGCCACUGUGUCCCGCGCACAAUCAUCCAGAGCCUCAUCGCAAGCCUCAAACUAUAAGCCAAUGCGUAACUCAAAGAAAACCAGCUUUGCACCUGUCGACACAUACAUCACCCUACCCCAGAGCAGUAGACUCAGCACCGAUACUGCGACCCCGCCGAAAGUUGAUUCACGAUCAAGCACACCUUGUACCGGCACGGCUUCGAGACGCACUUCAUUAACAUCUGAAGUCUCCAGCGCUUCGGCUCUGCCUCCGGGCUCCAAUUAUAUCCAAGAAGCACGUGCCGUGACCAUGUUGGCUGGCCGACGACCUUCUCGAGUGGAUAAUGGCGAGGAGAAUAGCCCAGACGGAGUAUCAUUCAUGACUAGCCUGUCCCCUGCCGCUAGAAGAGCCCUCAAUUUGGCCCAGACACCACCGGAAGAACUCACGCCACCACUUAGUCCCACCUCUGUGGACUUCUUCAUCCGCUCUGCCCGAUCCUCAAUUGAUGGUUCUGGAAGUCAGAAUCGCUACAUGGCUUUCACUCUAGAGGAGCAAAUUCUGUUCUCCUCCCUGAGAAACAAGAAACAGUACGGCAAAGAGCAGUCUGCUGAGAUCGCACAAGGGUCGAAGAGAAACACAUUCGCAAAGGAAAGCAUAGAAGAGGAGAAUGAAGAAGACGAUGAGCUUUUUUCGGGAAUGGGAACCAUCGCGGGCGAAGCCAUGCUUCAUUUCGGGUUCCCUGUUCCGCCCUCUGCUCGCAGACGGUCAUGCUUUGAGGAUGCCCUUGACACAUCUGCCAGCAUGAGUAGCCGUGCGUCCACGGCGACAUCCGAUAAACUUUCACAGUCAAGCAUGGGAGAGACUGAAGACACACAUCGGCGACAUCAAUCUUCUCUGAGACCUUCGAUCACAAGGGUUCCCUCUCGUGGUAUCCUGAAAGCUCCCGGCUUCCAACGCCAAGAGCCAGAGCGGCAGGAGACGAUGAUGGACCUAGACGAGGCUGAAUCAACCCUGGACAUUUCAGACCUUGCAGAGUUUGGAUACCUUGCUAUGCCAUCUUUGCAGACGGAAAAUUUUGAAUCCUCAGCAAAAUUGGGCUCGUCUGGAGGCGACACGAUGCUAACACAAUCACUUUUAUCGCUCGAUUCAGAUGCUAAAGGCAUGGAUCGUGCCCAUCGUUUGCCGGGUGCAAUGGCACCUGUGCCCGAGGAUAGCGAGUUGGAGUAUGAAGGCAAGGACAUUCCGCGCCCGGAUAGCCCCAUCUCCCCCGACGCCUUCCCGGCAGUACCUCAAAUAAGAACAACACUGAGCAGCAUGGCGCGACUGAGUGCUGUUGGCUCAACCUCAAUGAUGACCCAGCCCGGGUGGUGGGGAGACGACGACUAA